AUACAGAAAAUUACUUCGUCUCCACCGGCAAAGAUGUUUAACGUCAGCGCUUGUGACAUCCGCGACAAACCCAGCCCCAGCAACAAUGAUAUCAAGAGGCUCGCUAACCUCUUCAGGGAGGAGUUUCAGCGUCGAAGAACCGAAGAAGGUGAUGAUCAAGACAACACCGAUGGUACAAGGAGGUUGGCAAAUCUUCUACGGGAAAACAACGGACGAAUGAGCUUGGGAAGAGGCUGGGUAGAGUUUGUGAAAGCUAAUGGUUUGAAGAUAGGUCAGUACUUUACACUGGAGUCCAUUUGGGCAAAUGAUACUCCUAUCCUCAAAUUGUCUAGUACAAAUGAUUCCAAAAGUGAUAUAAGGCAGCGAAGAGAGAACUUACCAGAAGCUAACGAGAAAGAGUUUGUUUCCACUGAGGCUAGCGAUGGAAACGAACCCGAGAAAGACAUGAACACAGAGGAGAUGAUUAAUCAAUCAUCACUAAUCGAUAACCGAUUUGUGAUAUUAGCACUCGAACCUGAGGAUGCCAAAGCCGGAAUGCUGUAUCUUCCAAGUCACUUCAUGAAAGCUAAUGGCAUCGACAAAGUUGGAAAAAUAUAUAUGUUGGGUACAAAUGAAAUGGAGUGGUGGUGGGGAAAUCUAUUGACAAGAGAUGGAAUCGUAUCUACUAUUAGGUUCUUCGGUUCGUGUACGACACCUAAAUGGAGUGACGUAGAGGAGAAUAAGGGUCUAGAGCUAGAAAACUAGAUUAACCAUAUCAUUCUUACUCUUUUACCUCUUAAUGCUUCGGAAGUAGUAAAAGCAGUGUCUUUGAAAAAGAAUAAACCGAAAGUAGAUACAGAAUAAAAUGAAGAUGACCAU